UUUGAAUGAAAGAACCAAACAAAGAAAAGAAAUGGCUACAAACUCAUCCUUCAUGUUUAAAUGGCUGAUUUGUUGUGCAUUAGUGAUCAAUGUUGGUCUAAUUAGUGCAAGAGAAGAUGAUGAAUCAAGAGAAGGGAACAUCACUUCCAUGUCCUCUCCAUCCCAAUCCCCAACCCUUCCUGAUGCCCCUUACAUUUGUGAAUUAAGAGUUAAAAUUUUCGGCUAUAAGUGCGAAGAACACGAGGUGACAACCAAAGAUGGUUACAUUCUAAGCAUUCAGAGAAUCCCACAAGGCCUUUCAAGUUCAAAAAUUGAAGGGGAAAAGAGGGAACCAGUUUUGUUAAUACAUGGACUUUUAAUGGAUGGAGUCAUUUGGUUGAUUAAUCAUCCAAAUGAAUCCUUAGGAUUCAUACUUGCAGAUAAAGGAUAUGAUGUAUGGAUUGCCAACACCCGCGGAACUUGGUCAAGUCGACGCCACACCUUUUUGUCGGCUUCUCAUCGGGACUAUUGGGAAUGGUCAUGGGAUGAACUUGUUUCCUUUGAUCUCCCGGCGAUUUUCAAUUAUAUAUACACAAAUACUACUCAGCAGAAAUUUCACUAUGUCGGACAUUCUCUGGGAUCAUUGAUUGCCUUUGCAUUGUUUAGUCAAAACAAUUUACCAGCAAAAAUGGUAAGAUCCGCAGUCAUGUUAUGCCCAAUUGCUUAUAUGAAUCUCGAGAGAUCGAUACUUGUUCAAUUCGCAGCCGCAACAUUCACAGCUGAAACACAUUACUGGUUAGGCCUCAAAGAGUUUAUUCCAACUGGGAAAAAUGUGCUGAAGUUUCUCAAGAAGAUUUGCAACGAACCCGGAGUCGAUUGCUCUAAUCUUCUAACUGCUUUAACCGGGAAAAACUGCUGCCUCAAUAUUUCUUCGAUCCAUGUUUUCACGAAAUUCGAGCCUCAAUCGACUUCUACAAAACUCAUGAUCCAUUUAUCACAAAUGAUACGAAGAGGGACGGUUGCAAAAUACGAUUACAAUGACGUGAAGAAGAACAGGGAUCACUAUGGACAACCAACUCCUCCGGCGUAUAAUUUAUCGGCUAUUCCUUUAGAUUUACCUUUGUUUCUCGUCUACGGAGGCAUGGAUUGGCUAGCGGAUGUUGGUGACCUUGAUGAGCUCUUGUUUGAACUUAGAUUUCACAAAAGUGACAAGUUGAAACUUCAUUUUCAACCUGAUUAUUCACAUGUUGAUUUCAUCAUGGGUUUCAAUGCAAAAGAAGAGAUCUAUGACCAUGUACUUGAAUUCAUGAGUCUUCAAUGAUUGAUUUCUUGUAAGUGAAUAUGAAUUUCUUUGGUAAGUAAGAGCAUAAGGUUGGUUUGUGUAGGUUCAAUUGAAAUAUGUGAAAGUUUUAUGCU